AUGGAUUUCGAACAAAAACAAUUACUUGACAAUCUAAUUAAACAAAUCUGUAAAGAUUGUGACAUUGAUAUUGAUAAACGUCACAUAGUCAAUCAUUCUAUGAGAACGAUUGACAUAAUACAAUUAACAAAUUUAGGUGUUUUUUUUAAUGAAAUUAUGGCAUAUGGUGUACACUGUUCACUUGCUGGUUUAAGUUCUUAUCAAAUCAUUCCUAAAAAAAACAAAUACUUGGCAAUGUUAUCUAUCAUCUUUAAUCCAUUCAGGAUCAUCAUGAUCGCCAGAAAAUCUGAAUCUGGUAUUAAAACAAACGUUGAAUUAUGUAAUGAAGAGGAUGAUGAUUGUGUACCAUUAACAGAACUCCUUUUAGAGAAGUUAAUAAAAAUGGUCAUUCUAAGGUUAUGA